AAGUAUCGCAAGAAAGGAGGGAAGGAGAAGAGAUGGGUUGCGCUUCCAAGUCCAUGUUCACUCAAGGAACCAUUAUCCAUUUCCGACCUCCACCGCGUCCCUACCUCGCCGCCGCCACGUGGCCCUCUCUUCCAAAGCUCACUCCACUCUUCUCCUCCUCCCUUCAUCUCAACUCACCACCACAAUUUCGCUCUCACGCCCUGCCGCCUCUAACACACUUACUCACCGCACCAACUCUCCCGCCGGCCGCCGGCGGCUCCGACUCCGGCAACAAAAACAACAACAGCUCUGGCGGUGGCGGAUGGAACAAUCCAUUCGACUCAUCCUCAUGGUGGUGGCACGACGACGACAGCGGCGGCGGCGGUUCGUCUCACAGCCUCGUUCUCUUCUCUUCCAUACUCCUCGCCGCCGUGGCGUGUUGCUUCUGCCAGCUCAGGCUGGCGUAUGCCCUAGCGUCGGAGGAGGACGUGGAGUCGGUCUGGGAGGUGAAGGGCGGCAAGUGGACCAAGCUCGUCCCCGAUUUCGUGAGAGACGGCUUUGUCGCCGCUCGCGGCGGCGGCUUGGCUUCAAUAACCUUUGACAACCUUUGGGUGCAAUGCAAGAAUCUCUUUGUGCAAUUGAUGCUUCCAGAAGGUUUUCCUCAUAGCGUGACUAGUGACUAUCUGGACUACUCUCUCUGGAGAGCAGUCCAGGGCGUCGCUAGCCAAGUCAGCGGUGUUCUUGCCACACAGGCGUUGCUAUAUGCGGUUGGAUUGGGGAAGGGAGCUAUACCGACGGCUGCGGCGCUGAAUUGGGUGCUGAAGGAUGGGAUUGGAUACCUGAGCAAGAUUAUGCUGUCGAAAUACGGGAGGCAUUUUGAUGUCAAUCCCAAAGGGUGGAGGCUGUUUGCUGAUCUUCUUGAAAAUGCAGCAUUUGGAAUGGAGAUGCUCACUCCUGCGUUUCCUAAUUAUUUUCUCUUCAUUGGUGCUGUUGCAGGCGCAGGGCGCUCCGCGGCUGCACUUAUUCAGGCUGCUACCAGGAGCUGUUUCUAUGCUGGUUUUGCUGCUCAGAGGAACUUUGCUGAGGUAAUUGCUAAGGGAGAAGCUCAGGGAAUGGUGAGCAAGUUUGUUGGUAUCAUGCUUGGUAUAGCAUUGGCUAACCAGAUAGGCUCUUCUUCAUCUCUUGGCCUUGCGUCUUUUGGUGUGGUCACUUGCAUCCACAUGUUCUGCAAUUUGAAAUCGUAUCAAGCUAUUCAAUUAAGGACUUUGAAUCCUUAUCGUGCUAGUUUGGUAUUCAGCGAAUAUCUGCUUAGUGGCCAAGCACCUCCUGUCUAUGAAGUGAACGAGGAGGAACCACUUUUUCCAGCUGUGCCGAUUCUUAACUUGAAGACAGCAAACAGAGCACAACCAACAGUAUUAUCUUCAAAAGCGAAGGAUGCUGCAGCUGAAAUUGAGAAGAGGCUGCAGUUGGGAUCCAAGCUCAGUGAUCUAAUCAACAACAAAGAGGAUGUGCUUGCUCUAUUCAAUCUAUACAAAGAAGAAGGCUAUAUUUUGACUGAGCACAGGGGAAGAUACUGUGUGGUUCUUAAAGAAACAUCUUCACUACAAGACAUGCUCAAAGCAGUGUUCCAUGUCAAUUAUCUGUUUUGGCUGGAAAAGAAUGCCGGGUAUGAAGCAAAAGGAACUUCCAUUGACUGCAGACCAGGUGGAAGACUGGAAAUGUCUCUUGAUUAUGUGCGGAGGGAAUUCGACAUUGUCAAAACCGAUGGGGAAUUAGCGGGUUGGGUUACAGAUGGUCUUAUUGCAAGGCCUGCACCUAAUAGGAUUCGUCCGGGUUACGAGGCCUCAUCAGUUCCUUGCUGACAUGACUGCAGAUGGUGUUUCAUCAUGGCAUCUCAUGAGAAAUGUGAAAAGAAACCAUCGUGGGAUCCCCAUGCGUUUUCCCUCGAGUUAUUAUCCGCUGCAUUGGAAAGACUAACUUACAGGACACACGAUGUGACAAGAGAAGAGGUACAGUUGCAACAUCGGAUUAAUAUGAAUAGGUUGAUUCGUGUUGGUUAUGGUUAUCAGGAUGCUGAUUUACGCAUAGAAGAGGAAUCUUGACACAGGCCAUUGAUGUCGCAAAUUAGGACAUCAGUUUGGUCAGAAUUUUAGUUUUUUUUUUUUUUUUUCAAU